AUGACGACCUUCACGGCCCGCCGGAGCAAGCCUGAGCUGGUGGUGCCAGCGAGGGCGACGCCGCAAGAGGUGAAGUCCCUCUCCGACGUGGACAACCAGCAGGAUCUGCGGCUAUACGUGACCAUCCUCGAGUUCUUCCGGCGCCGCGUCCCCGGAGUGCCGGAGCAGACGGCGGCGAGCUCCAUCAUCAAGGCCGCCCUGGCAGAGGCGCUGGUGUACUACUACCCUGUCGCCGGCCGCCUGCGGGAGCUCCCCGGAGGAGACAAGCUGGUGGUGGACUGCACGGCGGAAGGUGUGGUGUUCGUGGAAGCGCACGCUGAUGUGCGGCUGGUGGAGCUUGGGGUGCCGCUGGAGCCACCCUACCCCUGCGUCGACCAGCUCCUCUGCGAUGUCGGAGAUGUUAGAGCAGUGGUUGGCAAGCCGUUGCUCUACUUGCAGAUGACGGAAUUCAGAUGCGGAGGCUUCGCCAUCGCGUUGACCAUGUGCCACAGCAUCGUCGAUGCCUUCGGUAAGGUCCAGCUCUUGAAAUGCAUAAUUGACCUGGCGCGAGGUCAAGAAGUUCCUACCAUCUUGCCUUCAUGGGAAAGACAUCUUCUUGUAUCCUCAUCCGAGGCUACAUCAGAAUCCUAUCAAGUUGACAAUGAUGCCACGUCGCCACCGGCGCAUGCACAAUUAAUUACACUCGAGGGAAUGGUGACCCGCUCCUUCCUCUUCGGCUCAAGGGAGAUAGCCGCGCUGCGGGGAGCUCUUCCAAAGCGCCUUGCCCGAUCUGCCACUUUGUUCGAGCUUAUCACGGCGGUGUUGUGGCGAUGCAGGACGGCGGCGCUAGAGUACGUCCCCGACGAGCGUGUGUUCGUCGCGUUUGUUACGAAUGCCCGCGGGAGCUGGAAGCGCAACCCGCCGCUUCCCGCGGGGUUCUACGGGAACGCGCUCUUCGGCACCGUAGCAGAAGCUGCCGCCGGCGAGCUAUGCGGGGGUUCACUUGCCGACGCGGUGGAACUCGUGCGCGAGGCCAAGUUACGGGUGACGGACGAGCACGUGCGAUCGGUGUUGGACAUCAUGGCAAGGGGAAAGCGUGAGUUGGAGGUGGCGAUGAAUAGGACCUUCAUUCUGUCAGACAUAACCCGCUGUGGGGACGCCUCGCUGGACCUAGGCUGGGCAGAGCGUGUGGGUGGCGGUGUUCCGAUGGCCGGUGAUAUCAUAACCAGGCUGUCGAGUGUUUACAUGAGCUGCAAAGAUGCCAAUGACGAGGAGCGUAUAAUGGUGCCUAUGGUCUUGCCUGAGCAUGCAAUGGGGAUAUUUGCAUCUCAGCUCGCCGUGGCGACCAAGGAGCUUGCACGGAGCUCGUUGUAG